ACGCUUUCACGAUAAUGUUUGUCUCAUUUAUCUAGUGCGGUACAAUCAUUUAAUAUAUAAUACAACUGUCGUAUACAGGAUCAUUGUGAUUUGCGCUUCCUAGCAGGGUUGUAGUGAGCUGGUCGCGGGAUGGUGACGCCUUAUGUGAGACAGGCAUGGACGGUGUCGGGCGUACUGCUGAACAUGGUGGGGCAGGGUAUGCUGCUGAGCUACUCGUCCAGCCUGGUGCCCGCGCUGCAGGCCCCGGACGCGCCCAUCAAGGCGAGCCUCGACACCAUCGCCUGGAUAUCCUCGUCGGUGGGAUUGGCUGGCAUCCCUGGCUUCCUUUUGUCCUCGUUCCUGAUGGCUAAAUGGGGACGUCGGGUCGCGCACGGCCUCGUCAUCCUGCCCGGCGCGCUGGGUUGGACGCUCAUCUACUUCGCCGACAGCGUCUCCCUCCUACUGCUGGGCAGGAUCCUGGGCGGAGUCACCGCCGGUGGUACGGUGGGGCUCGGGGCUGUUGUCAUCGGAGAAUUUACCAAUCCAGAAAACAGAGGAAUGUUUCUUAAUCUGAAAACGGCUGCAGUGUGUUUGGGAGGUACCAUUGUACAUAUUUUAGGUCAUUUCCUCCAUUGGAGGCCGAUUGCUCUGAUAGCGCUUGUCCCGUAUAUAUCAGCUUUAAGUAUUGUUUGCACGUGGCCUGAGAGCCCGGCAUGGCUGGCAUCUCAAGGACAGUUCGAAAAGUCGCAGAAUAAUUUUAUAUGGCUAAGGGGUAAUGGAGAUAAGGCAAUUCAUGAAUUAGAAGAAAUGAUUCGAGCGCAGAAAAUUAGUUUAUCUAAACCUGUAAAGAAAAUGACGUUAGCAGAAAGAACUAUGGAUUUCUUUAAAAAAUUCUUGAAAAAGGACUUUGUUAUGCCUCUUCUAAUAGUUACUGUAUCAAUGAUGUUGCUAGAAACGUCUGGAAGACACAUAUUCCCAGCGUAUGCUAUUCAAAUUAUCGGAAAAGUAACUGGAAACAAAGCGCAGUCAUUCUAUUACGUGCUAGCUAUCGAUCUGAUCAACACGUUGAGUGCGACGUUUUCAUCUGUAUUAGUAAAGUUGAUGAAAAGACGCACUCUUUUGUUUUCUACAGGUUUUAGUUCAGUAGCAAUUUUAUUAUUAGUAUGUGCAAUCAUGUUCUUACAAACCAAUGAUUUAGUAUCAGCGGACUAUACUUGGGUACCUUUACUAUUAUUUGUUAUAUACUUUAUUUUGGCGAAUUUAGGUUGUACUCCCAUUCCUUUAGCUUUAUUGGGAGAAGUAUUUCCAUUGGCACAUAGAAGUACUGGUUCUUGUCUUGCUGGUAUUUUAAUGUCAGUGGACGUAAACUUGGGUCUUUUGUUAACGCCGUACAUGUUGGUCAGUCUUGACGUCUACGGAACGUUUACAGUUUUUGCUUUGAUAACGGCUGGAUUUUUGGUAGUUUUAUACUUCAUUUUGCCCGAGACGAAAGACAGGACGUUGCAGGAAAUCGAGGAUUACUUCAACUUUGGUAAAUUCAGAGAUGAUGAGAAUAAAAAUAAAGAUGAUGAAGUAAAAGCUAAAAUGUUGCCAUAAGAUGGGGGCCCGGCAGUGGGGCGUGAAGUCGAUGGAUGAAGAUAAUGGCAAUUAACAACUAACUUUCUAUAAGUGACCAAUUUUAUAAUUUAAAUCAAUACCUAUUACCUCUGAGAUUAUAUAGUUAGUUAUUAAAAAUAUUUGCAUGAUUAUAAUGUUAAAGAUUGUUAGUAUAAAUAAAUCGUGGUACUGUAUAUGUCGAAAACCUACUGUUGUAUCUGACUGACUGAAGUAUCUGAAGACUGUAGAGAAGCAGAUCAUAAUUACCGGUUUUAGUAUUCAGAAUUGGAUAUCUUUUCAAUACCGAAACAAAUGUCUGCAAAUUUCUAUUGUUUAAUAAUAAUCUCAUCAGGUCUAUUAAACAUAUUUGCACCUUGCAGUGCCACAAUUUGAUGUAGUAUUUAAUUGUUUUCAGCCUUAAUUAUACAUAAUAAUUUUACUUAUAUACUUUUAUACAAAUUUUAAUAUUUUUAUACUGAAUCAGAUGCGGGAUGGAGCACUUAAAAAUGCGCAGUUAGAAUAAGCACUUACUAUUAAUCAUUUGGUGAGUGCUUAUUCUAACUCUAAGGUUAUGUAAAUACUUUCAAUAAAAAAUUAAAUGUUA